AGCAGCUCCCGGUCGCACAACUCCCAGCAGCCGGCGCUGGGGAGGUGGUAGGGGGUGCGGGUGGAGGUGCCCAGUUAGCUUCUCGUGGGUUGCCAACCUGGGGCUCCCAUUCUGCUGUGCACCCUGGAGUGGAGCUCCCGCUAUCAGUCACAGGGGCUGAGGAUCCGCACUGGGGGCGUCGUGGGCAUGGGGCUUCAGCUUCCCCCCUCUUGUCUAGCCCCCCUGGGCGCACAGGGGGGCUUGUGAGCGCUGCAGACUGCAGCCUUCCCCUCAACCCUCCCUCCCCUCGCUGGUGGGCUGACCCUGCCUCUCCUUCUCUCCUCCGCCCCGGUAGAGCCCUGCUGCAGAGCCUCCGGCUGGGAUAGCCGCCCCCCGUGGGGGCGAUGCGGACAGCGCGGGACAGCCAGGGGAGCGCGCGGGGGCCGCAGCAUGCGGGAACCCGCUAAACCCGGUGGCUGCUGAGGCGGCCGAGAUGAUCGUGCGCGCAGCGCGCCCCACUGCAUCCUCGACCUUCUCGGGCUACAGGGACCGUCAGUGGCGACUAUGGGCAGAGUGGGCUAUUGGACCCUGCUGGUGCUGCCGGCCCUUCUGGUCUGGCGCGGUCCGGCGCCGAGCGCGGCGGCGGAGAAGGGUUCCCCCGCGCUGAAUAUUGCGGUGAUGCUGGGUCACAGCCACGACAUGACAGAGCGCGAACUUCGAACCCUGUGGGGCCCCGAGCAGGCGGCGGGGCUGCCCCUGGACGUGAACGUGGUAGCUCUGCUGAUGAACCGCACCGACCCCAAGAGCCUCAUCACGCACGUGUGCGACCUCAUGUCCGGGGCACGCAUCCACGGCCUCGUGUUUGGGGACGACACGGACCAGGAGGCCGUGGCCCAGAUGCUGGAUUUUAUCUCCUCCCAGACCUUCAUCCCCAUCUUGGGCAUUCACGGGGGCGCAUCUAUGAUCAUGGCUGACAAGGAUCCGACGUCUACCUUCUUCCAGUUUGGAGCAUCCAUCCAGCAGCAAGCCACGGUCAUGCUGAAGAUCAUGCAGGAUUAUGACUGGCAUGUCUUCUCCCUGGUGACUACCAUCUUCCCUGGCUACAGGGACUUCAUCAGCUUCGUCAAGACCACGGUGGACAACAGCUUUGUGGGCUGGGACAUGCAGAAUGUGAUCACACUGGACACUUCCUUUGAGGAUGCAAAGACACAAGUCCAGUUGAAGAAGAUCCACUCUUCUGUCAUCUUGCUCUACUGUUCCAAAGACGAGGCUGUCCUCAUUCUGAGUGAGGCCCGUUCCCUUGGCCUCACCGGGUAUGAUUUCUUCUGGAUUGUCCCCAGCUUGGUCUCUGGGAACACGGAGCUCAUCCCCAAAGAGUUUCCAUCGGGACUUAUUUCCGUCUCCUACGAUGACUGGGACUACACCCUGGAGGCGAGAGUGAGGGACGGCAUUGGCAUCCUAACCACUGCUGCAUCUUCUAUGCUGGAGAAGUUCUCCUACAUCCCCGAGGCCAAGGCCAGCUGCUACGGGCAGAUGGAGAGACCAGAGAUCCCGAUGCACACCUUGCACCCAUUUAUGGUCAAUGUUACAUGGGAUGGCAAAGACUUAUCCUUCACUGAGGAAGGCUACCAGGUGCAUCCCAGGCUGGUGGUGAUUGUGCUGAACAAAGACCGGGAAUGGGAAAAGGUGGGCAAGUGGGAGAACCAGACGCUGAGCCUGAGGCACGCCGUGUGGCCCAGGUACAAGUCCUUCUCCGACUGUGAGCCGGAUGACAACCAUCUCAGCAUCGUCACCCUGGAGGAGGCCCCGUUCGUCAUCGUGGAAGAUAUAGACCCCCUGACCGAGACGUGUGUGAGGAACACUGUGCCGUGUCGGAAGUUCGUCAAAAUCAACAAUUCAACCAAUGAGGGGAUGAAUGUGAAGAAAUGCUGCAAGGUGGUCUAUCAACGGGCAGUCAUGGCGGUUGGUUCUCUCACCAUCAAUGAGGAACGUUCUGAAGUGGUGGACUUCUCUGUGCCCUUUGUGGAAACGGGAAUCAGUGUCAUGGUUUCAAGAAGUAAUGGCACCGUCUCACCUUCUGCUUUUCUAGAACCAUUCAGCGCCUCUGUCUGGGUGAUGAUGUUUGUGAUGCUGCUCAUUGUUUCUGCCAUAGCUGUUUUUGUCUUUGAAUACUUCAGCCCUGUUGGAUACAACAGAAACUUAGCCAAAGGGAAAGCACCCCAUGGGCCUUCUUUUACAAUUGGAAAAGCUAUAUGGCUUCUUUGGGGCCUGGUGUUCAAUAACUCCGUGCCUGUGCAGAAUCCUAAAGGGACCACCAGCAAGAUCAUGGUAUCCGUAUGGGCCUUCUUUGCUGUUAUAUUCCUGGCCAGCUACACAGCCAAUCUGGCUGCUUUCAUGAUCCAGGAGGAAUUUGUGGACCAAGUGACUGGCCUCAGUGACAAAAAGUUUCAGAGACCUCAUGACUAUUCCCCACCUUUUCGAUUUGGGACAGUGCCUAAUGGAAGCACGGAGAGAAACAUUCGGAAUAACUAUCCCUACAUGCAUCAGUACAUGACCAAAUUUAAUCAGAAGGGAGUAGAGGAUGCCUUGGUCAGCCUGAAAACGGGGAAGCUGGAUGCUUUCAUCUAUGAUGCCGCGGUCUUGAAUUACAAGGCCGGGAGGGAUGAAGGCUGCAAGCUGGUGACCAUCGGGAGUGGGUACAUCUUUGCCACCACCGGUUAUGGAAUUGCCCUUCAGAAAGGCUCUCCUUGGAAGAGGCAGAUCGACCUGGCCUUGCUUCAGUUUGUGGGUGAUGGUGAGAUGGAGGAGCUGGAGACCCUGUGGCUCACGGGGAUCUGCCACAACGAGAAGAACGAGGUGAUGAGCAGCCAGCUGGACAUUGACAACAUGGCGGGCGUGUUCUACAUGCUGGCCGCGGCCAUGGCCCUUAGCCUCAUCACCUUCAUCUGGGAGCACCUCUUCUACUGGAAGCUGCGCUUCUGUUUCACGGGCGUGUGCUCCGACCGGCCUGGGUUGCUCUUCUCCAUCAGCAGGGGCAUCUACAGCUGCAUUCAUGGAGUGCACAUUGAAGAAAAGAAGAAGUCUCCAGACUUCAAUCUGACAGGAUCCCAGAGCAACAUGUUAAAACUCCUCCGGUCAGCCAAAAACAUUUCCAACAUGUCCAACAUGAACUCCUCAAGAAUGGACUCACCCAAAAGAGCUGCUGACUUCAUCCAAAGAGGUUCCCUCAUCAUGGACAUGGUUUCAGAUAAGGGGAAUAUGAUGUACUCGGACAACAGGUCCUUUCAGGGGAAAGAGAGCAUUUUUGGAGACAACAUGAACGAACUCCAGACAUUUGUGGCCAACCGGCACAAGGAUAACCUCAAUAACUACGUAUUCCAGGGACAACAUCCUCUCACUCUCAAUGAGUCCAACCCUAACACGGUGGAGGUGGCUGUGAGCACAGAAUCCAAAGUGAACUCUAGACCCCGGCAACUUUGGAAGAAAUCCAUGGAUUCCAUACGCCAGGAUUCACUAUCCCAGAAUCCAGUCUCCCAGAGGGAUGAGGGAACAGCGGAGAAUAGGACCCACUCCCUAAAGAGCCCUAGGUAUCUUCCAGAAGAGAUGGCCCAUUCUGACGUUUCAGAAACGUCAAAUCGGGCCACGUGCCACAGGGAACCUGACAACAGUAAGAACCACAAAACCAAGGACAACUUUAAAAGGUCAGUGGCCUCCAAAUACCCCAAGGACUGUAGCGAGGUCGAGCGCACCUACCUGAAAACCAAAUCAAGCUCCCCGAGAGACAAGAUCUACACUAUUGAUGGUGAGAAGGAGCCUGGUUUUCACUUAGAUCCACCCCAGUUUGUUGAAAAUGUGACCCUGCCCGAGAACGUGGACUUCCCAGACCCCUACCAGGAUCACAGUGAAAACUUCCGCAAGGGGGACUCCACGCUGCCAAUGAACCGGAAGCCCUUGCAUAAUGAAGAGGGGCUUCCCGACACCGAGCAGUAUAAACUCUACUCCAAGCACUUCACCUUGAAAGACAAGGGUUCCCCACACAGCGAGACCAGCGAGCGAUACCGGCAGAACUCCACGCACUGCAGAAGCUGCCUUUCCAACCUGCCCACCUAUUCAGGCCACUUCACCAUGAGGUCCCCCUUCAAGUGUGAUGCCUGCCUGCGGAUGGGGAACCUCUAUGACAUCGAUGAAGACCAGAUGCUUCAGGAGACAGGUAACCCAGCCACCCGGGAGCAGGUCUACCAGCAGGACUGGGCACAGAACAAUGCCCUUCAAUUACAAAAGAACAAGCUAAGGAUUAGCCGUCAGCAUUCCUACGAUAACAUUGUCGACAAACCUAGGGAGCUAGACCUUAGCAGGCCCUCCCGGAGCAUAAGCCUCAAGGACAGGGAACGGCUUCUGGAGGGAAAUUUUUACGGCAGCCUGUUUAGUGUCCCCUCAAGCAAACUCUCGGGGAACAAAAGCUCCCUUUUCCCCCAAGGUCUGGAGGACAGCAAGAGGAGCAAGUCUCUCUUGCCAGACCACACCUCCGAUAACCCUUUCCUCCACUCCCACAGGGAUGACCAACGCUUGGUUAUUGGGAGAUGCCCCUCGGACCCUUACAAACACUCGUUGCCAUCCCAGGCGGUGAAUGACAGCUAUCUUCGGUCGUCCUUGAGGUCAACGGCAUCGUACUGUUCCAGGGACAGUCGGGGCCACAAUGAUGUGUAUAUUUCGGAGCAUGUUAUGCCUUAUGCUGCAAAUAAGAAUAAUAUGUACUCUACCCCCAGGGUUUUAAAUUCCUGCAGCAAUAGACGUGUGUACAAGAAAAUGCCUAGUAUGGAAUCUGAUGUUUAAAAAUCUUCCAUUAAUGUUUUAUCUAUAGGGAAACAUACGUAAUGGCCAACGUUCUGGAGGGUAAAUGUUGGACGUCCAAUAAUGCCCUGCUAAGAGAAAGAAGAUGUAGGGAGGUAUUUUUUUGUUGUUGUUGGCUCUUUUGCACAUGGCUUCAUGCCAUAAUUUUCCACUCAAGGAAUCUUGUGAGGUGUGUGCUGAGCAUGGUGAGUCCUUAACCAAAAAUAACUAACUACAUAAGGGCAAGUCUCCGGGACAUGCCUACUGGGUAUGAUGGCAAUAAUGAUGCAUUGGAUGCCAAUGGUGAUGUUAUGAUUUCCUAUAUUCCAAAUUCCAUUAAGGUCAGUCCACCAUGUAAUUUUCUCAUCAGAAAUGCCUAAUGGUUUCUCUAAUUCAGAAUAAGCAAUAUGGUAUGCAUGUAAACCUGACACAGACAAAAUAAAAACAGUUAAGAAUGC